UGAUCAGAAAACGAUUAGAGGGGAAGGCCAGGCCGUGGAGGGCGGGUCGCUCAGUGUGUGUGGAGAGAGAGUACCAGAUGGACCGCUGGCAGGGCAGAGUGGCUGUGGUGACCGGCGCCAGCUCCAACACCGGGGCAGCCAUCAUCCGUGCCCUCGUCAACCAUGGACUCACCGUGGUCGCCGUGGCGCGCCGGGAUACCCGCAUUCAGGUCCGUAUCCAGGAGUUAGUAGACGAGUUGAAGGAAAGCAGCGGCAAGCUCUUCCCUCUGAAAGCUGAUAUCACUAAAGAAGAAGACGUGCAAGCAGCUUUUCGCUGGGUCGAGAGGAAUCUGGGAGGUGUGGACGUGCUUGUGAACAAUGCCGACAUAUCGAUCUCUACUCAUGUCGCUGAUGGUAGGAUGUCGGAGUGGAAGAGAAUGUUCGACCUGAACGUGAUCGCACUGGGAUCCUGCAGCAGAGAAGCGAUCGCGUCCAUGCGAGCACGUCGACUGCCCGACGGACAAAUUAUCAACGUGAAUAGCAUGACGAUACACAGGCUGUCGCCGUUUCCUUUAGGCAGCUUUGUCUACUGCGCCACCAAGCGGGCAGCCCGGGUACUCACCGAGGGUCUCCGCCGAGAACUGGCCGCCACGCGGUCUAGGAUCAAAGUUACGUGUGUGAGCACGAGCGUAUCAGACCCCCAGCUAGUGGAAGUGGUCGGCUGGAACGAAGACGUAUACCUCAACAAAGUAUUCUUCCACUCCAAGGACAUCGCUGACACCGUCAUCUUCGUCCUGUCCGCCCCACCCAGUGUCCAGGUGAAUGAAGUGCUUCUUUAACAACGUCAGACUUCUCUGCAUUAGGACACAAUAUAACUAAGCUAAUAUGUAUAGCUAAGUAUAUUAAUUAUUAAUUUAUAAUGUGCUCUUUAUAUAAAGAUUUAAGUUUUACCAAAUAUUUCCAAAUCAAAUAUUGUUGUGUCUCGUGGCUGGAGAGUAUAUAUACAGACCAAUAAUACUUUGUGAUCCGUGUAGAACCGUGUUCCUGAACAAGAACUGCUUGUAUAGUGUACCAAUAUUGUGAUCAAAUGGCUUUGAUGAAGGUUCA